AUGAAGGAGGUGGAAGGGGAUAAGGUUUCUCUCCAGCAAAUCAUCGAUGUCGACGAGAAGAAUCAGAUUGUCUAUGUGAACGCUUGGCUCGACUACACAUGGAAAGAUUAUAAACUCGUCUGGGAUAUCAGCGAGUACGGGAACAUAACGGACGUUCGAUUUCCGGCUGGUCGAAUAUGGAAGCCGGACGUGCUGCUCUACAACAGUGUCGACACGAAUUUUGACUCAACAUAUCCAACAAAUAUGGUGGUGUACAAUACUGGUGAAGUACAUUGGAUCCCGCCGGGUAUCUUCAAGAUCUCAUGUAAAAUUGACAUCGAGUGGUUUCCUUUUGAUGAACAACGCUGCAAAUUCAAGUUCGGUUCAUGGACUUACGAUGGAUUCAAACUUGAUUUGCAGCCAGCUAAAAAAGGAUUUGAUAUUUCUGAAUACUUGCCGAAAUGGGGAGUGGGCAUUACCUUGUACGUUAAGCAUUUCAGCCAUUGA